CAACACAGACCUCACUUUAGAUUUGUCGAAAAUCUUUCUCUCCGCAUGCCUGCCAUUUUGUACCGAAUCGACAUCUCGUUACCGGCUGAUAAUUUUUUAUUAUAACUGUAGUAGUUAUUACAUUGUAGUAGUACUUGAAACAAUAAUAAUAAAAUUAGGUAGCAACAAACAAAUCGCAAUGGCGAGGCUGUAUAUUGCGGUCUUAGCCUGCCUAAUCACUGGGUGGUCCACCGGCACGGAAGAUGUUGAACCUCCUCGCAUAAGAUCCAGUGUUGCACGAGACCACAGUCAGUGGGCUAGCUUUUUGGUGGAUGGUUGUCUACCACCGGUAUGUCUGUACCGAACAUGAAUUAUGUUUCCCAGCUGCGCUGACCGCCAAUAAAGCUGUGACCGGCUGGGGCGACGUGUUAGUCAAUCCUAACGCCUUUUUGUCGGCUAUGUAUCGUGGCUUCCGCAUCAACAUCUACAAAACGGCCAACGACACCAACUUACUGGGGUCAGUGCAGUACUUCUAUCCACCAGCGUUGUUUAUUGACCCGGCCAGUGCCAAGACCUAUCUGAAUACGCUGCAAGAAGACCGGCCGGAGAUGAGCUUUACAGUUCUGAUGUGGGAUGAGGAAUAUGAGGAGUUUGUACGAGAAGCGGUUAGUAGACGGCUGGGACAGCGGGUGCCUAAGGAAAGCAUACGCGUGCUGCCGAUUGAGCAAAUCCGAAUUGACGCUCUAGGGUUCGCGCCUAGCAAUUACGAAAUAGUCAACAACUGGGUGUCCUAUGCUGCACAGCCGUCCACCUUUGAUUUCCGCUUUAGCUGCAUCAAUAUGGAAGUCUGUGAGAUCUUAGCGCAGCAAGUCAAGAAAAAUCCACAGUUAUUCGUUUAUGACCUGGAGGUCUCCUAUAGUUUAAUUACUGUUCGCGCCGCACGCCGCAUUGUUCAGGUCAAAGCGGAGCACGUGCAAGCCGGAAGGCUAUUCAGUCAGCUGCAACAGCAAGUGCCCAACACUAGUGUGGUGUACAUGAAAGCCGAUGACCUCACCCAGAUGACCUUGGAAAUCGCCACAAAUGUUAUGGCGACGGAAGUGGUGGAUGAUGAGUUCAUAGGGCAAGACCAGUCUAUAACCAUCACCAAUAUUUUGGAAAGCUUGCUGCAGAUGAAACCAGAAUCAUCGGCAUCUUUCCAGGCGCAAAUGUGGGACUCUGUUUUCUGGAAAGACGAAAACACCCGACCCGACCGUGUGACCAGCACGCUGAACGAAUUCUAUGAGAAGUCCGAUGACGAAAGGAAAGACAGGAUGAAGGAGGUGCUAGCUCAAAGUCAAACCAGCAGUUCCAGCGGUGGCGGGAGUACGACCCUUGGCGUUCUGGGCGUCAGUGUACAGGCAUCCAUGCAAAUGGCUUUCAAUGACUCCAGUUCGUUCGCCAGUGAUUACGAACAAGAGCAGUUCAUAGCUACCAUGACCGAAGCUAGCGGCAAGAGCCAAUGGAGCGGGGAACGUUUCAUCGUUAAGCCGAUGCAACUAGUCCGCACCAACAUCGCCCGCCUCCAGAACUCCGCCACGGUGACCAGCGUCCAGGUGCGUGUGGCACGGUCGGCGGCACAACUUACCAGUCGAAUCAACCUCUUGGUGCAGUCACCAUCUAACAACACAGCACAAUUCAGCAAUAACACUGAACUGUCAUGUAAUAACACGCAGUUAUCAAAUAACACAUCACAAUCAUCUAACAACACAGCAACGAGCGAUAUUCCGCCUGGAUCGAUUCAGAUGUUCUACGGAGUGGAAAUCCCAGUGGGCUGGCUUCUUUGUGACGGGGCAGCGGUCAACUGCAGCAUUUACCAAAACUUGUGUCGUGUUCUGAGAGGCGUUAAUGCAGCCAACAUUCGCACGCCCGAUUUACGCGGACGCACGGCCAUCGGAGCUGGUAACGCUCAGCUUCCACAUACUAUCAACGAUCCCGUUGGUUACUAUUUUUCUGUCGGCGCCACCGGUGGGGAAGUAAACCACAAACUUUCACUCAGCGAAAUGCCAACCCAUUCACAUUCUUACACCACACCUCGCAUACCCCAUUAUUAUCCUAUUAAGUAUAAAAAGGAUGAUGGUACAAACAGCUGGGAGUUUCUGUUCCGUGAAAAAAAUACCGCCUUUGAAGCCUCGCAAACAACCGAAAGCAGCGGCUCCAGCUCUGUACAUAAUAACAUGCAGCCUUACCUUGCUUUGAAUUUCAUAAUUAAGACGUGAUCAUUGCAAUAUUUUGAAACAUUUGUGGUUUUUUUUUGCUUUGCAGAAGGAAAACGUGAUAAAUAAAUUAUUUUGAUCUUAA